GGGCCAACAGUCGACGGGUGGAGACAUAGACUAAACAUACCUCACAAACACAUUAUGAUUACAACACUUAUUGAUAUGGAUUUGAAGUUUUAAUUGUUAUUAACUUUUGUUUUUGUUUUGUUUUGUAUUCAAAAUUGGUUUUAAUCGCGAAAAGCGUUGAAAGAGUGAAUCCAUUGAUUGCGACAAACGUUUUGUCACUGUUUUGAGGCCUGAGUUUGUGUUGCGUUUGAAUCGUGUGAUUGUGUCGUGACUUCUGGUGAGGAAUGAGUGCCACAACUAAUGGAAACCAAUCCAUCGACGAGUUUGUGGUCACCGAUAAUCAGGACUCUUCGCAAACUGUAAACCAAACCCAACAGCAGUCGGGAUCGGGUGGUCAGUCGGCGCAACAGCCGUCGCCUUUAGCUCUGUUAGCGGCGACCUGUAGUAAAAUAGGUUCUCCCUGUGAACUGGCGGCUGAGGGCACUGGCGGUCAACCCAACGCCACCACAACUACUACCGUAAAGCUCGUGAGCGGCGGUCAGAACCAAGUUCUUCACGCUUCAGACUUUGCGCACUUAUUUCCCGUACAUUCGGGACAAACUCUUGGAGUACUAAAUCCUGACGGAACUGUCACUCAACUCAAUCCACAGGUUGUGGUCAGCAGUGCGGCGGCGGUCGGGACGCCCAUCAAGAGUAUAACAUCGGUGGCGAACACCAAUGCCUUAUCCAACGCCACUCAGAUCUACUCGACGGGAACGGCCGCCGGAAACGCCGGCAUCUAUAGUAUUCUUCAGCCGCAACAGCUCCAGAUCGAUGGACAGGAGGCCAUCUUCAUUCCCGGCGGCCAACAGGCCAUCCAAUUGUCGGGCAAUCAGUUGAUGGCAUCACCCAAUCAGACGGUUGUCCGCCAACAGACCGCUCAACAGUCCCAACAACAACAGCAACAAACAGUGUUUAUCCCCGGUAUCGGUAACGUUACCAUUGCUGGCGCUGGUCAACAGUACGCCACCGGUGGACAGACGGUGGCCGUACGGCAGGGAAAUGUGGUUCAGACCAUACAAUUGCCGGUCCAACAGACGAUUCCCGUUCAGGCAAUCUCUACACAAAAUGGACAAACCAUUCUCCAGACCAUCCAUUUGCCCAUUCAAGCGCUCCAAUCACUUAACGCCUCUAAUAUCCAACACCUGAUGCCACAAAUGCAACAG